CGAAGACAAUUUUGUAACAGCUUCUUUUUUAUUUUUCAGAUGAAGAUAAUUUUCCAAUCCUUCGCCGCUUUCGUGGUCCUAGAACUGAUCGAAGGUGCCCCAGUAGAAACAAAGAAUCAGCGAGAGGGAAAAAACCUGGACUUCUUCGAUUACUUCCAACCCGAAGUUGACUACAACAACUUCAAAAUUGACAACGAUUAUGCGUCUCCGUCUUCAGAAGAAAAUGAUAUUAGCCGCACUAUUCAGCCGAGAAAACCGUUCGUACAGCAGCAACCGAUAAACUCCCCGAUAUAUUACAUUCGGUUGCCACCACAACCCUACAUGUUUGUCCCAGGAUUAGGAUACGUAUCGCAACCGGCGCCUUCGCCUGUUUCUCAGUUCGUUAAUUUGCCGAUGUCUUUCGUUGCUAACGGCAAACCCAGCACGAUAUAUCAGUGGUCGGGCGCGUUCCAAGGUUUUCCAACGCAGGCACCACCUCCAAGCAAAUUUACCGGUGUUCCAAGUGCCGUGUCGAAACCACAGAAACCUGCGAAGAAACCACUUCCAGACUCCACCAUACACAGGUUACCACAACCGUUCGCUUUCAAUGGAAAGCCCCAAGAUAUUUUCGUCUUGAGAGACUCGUAUAAUUCAUUAUACAGUGAUGUUCUCCAGAAUGUAUACCCUUGAAUAUGUUAGGUUUGCGGUAACUAAAAUUGAACAAACGUUAUGCAGUAAUUGAAAGAAAAUAAUUAAGGUAGGCUAUGUGGACCUAUCAUAAUCCAAUUACGGGGCUCUAUGCAUUCAUCUUCCAAAUUAAAAAGUUUGAAUUACUCGAACAUGUUUGACAUUUCAGCAUGUACGAUGAUAAUUUGAGCCUUUUUAAGUCAAACUUUUUCCUACGCCUCCGACAAAUAUGAAAGAGGUGUCAUUCGAUUUGGAAUAACCUUAAGAUGGUUUUUGGAAAAAUUCAA